AUGGCUCAUGUUUUCGCUGCCUGGCGAGAAAUGGCUAGCAGAAACACGUCCUUCCAACUUCUUUUGUUGUUCUUCCUUGCUCUUGUUUCUAGAUUUUAUCACCUUGAGGCUGCUGGAUUCAAUCCCAAUGUAGGUUGCAUCGAGAUGGAGAGGAGAGCCCCUCUUAAACUCAAAGACGGUCUUAUUGAUCCCUUUGGUCGACUCUAUUCUUGGAUCGGUAAAGAUUGCUGCAACUGGUCAGGCGUAGGCUGUAGCAAUCAGACAGGCAAUGUUAUCAUGCUAGACCUCAGCAAAAAGUAUGACUGUCCUUUGCAAGGGGGAGAUUCGCCAUCGCUUUAUCAGUUCUGUCAAUUAUAUGGUACGUUAAAUCCUUCUUUGCUAAACUUGACACAUUUGAAUUACUUGGAUGUGAGUUACAACAAUUUCCUAGGAAUUCCAAUCCCAAAUUUCAUUGGUUCACUCAAGAAUUUGAUGCAUCUUGAGAUGAAUUGGGCAAAUUUUUUUGGUAUGUUUCCUCCCCACCUUGGGAAUCUGUCAAAUUUGGUUUAUCUCGAUCUCGAAACGGGGAUUUCAGAUUCAGAAGAUCUUUGGGUGACAGAAUUAGAAUGGCUCUCCAUCCUCUCUUCUCUGCACUACCUAAACUUAAGAUAUGUAAACCUCAGUAAGGCAUCAACUACUUGGCUAAAAGCCAUAAAUAUGCUUCCUUCAUCAUUGGAGUUGUAUUUCUCUAGCUGUCAACUAUAUGACCUUCCUCAGACUCUCCCAUUUGUCAAUUUUACAUCGCUUCAAAAUCUUGACCUCUCUUUAACUAGUUCAGCUCUCCACUGCCACACUUGCUUUUUAGAUUUAUCAUCAAAUUCUGUUGAAGGUGAAUCUGGAGAACUGAUUGGCACUUUGUCAAGAUGCAGUAAUGGUAACUUGGAGACAUUAGAUUUCAGCACAAAUAAUCUCGCAGGGAAUCUGCCUGAUUUUUUGUGGUCCCUUGAGAAUUUGAUGUCUCUUGUGCUCUACUCCAACAAAUUUACAGGGAAAUUAUCUGAGGUCCCUGGGAUCAGUGGGGAAUUUGUCACAAAUGGCAAAGCUCGAUCAAGUUUUAACACGCUGAGUGGAACAAUCACCGAAGGUAUUGGUCAACUCCCGCAGCUGUUUCAGCUGGGUCUAUAUGGGAACUCUAUUGAAGGAGUCAUAACCGAGCUUCAUUUUCAGAAUCUAACAUAUUUAAGCGAUCUUUCUUUAUCAUCUACCAACAAAUCCUUGGUGUUUAGAUUGAGAGAUGACUGGAUUCCUCCAUUGCAACUGGACCAAAUUGCAAUCAAUGAUUGCCAAUUAGGCCCUGCGUUUCCUCCGUGCCUCAGAACUCAAAUCAAAUUAUCUCAAAUUACACUCUCCAAUGUUGGCAUUUCAGACACCAUUCCUGAUUGGUUUUGGAGAUUAGUACCAACGAUUUGGUUGCCGGAUCUUUCUUAUAACCAAUUGAGAGGGAUGCUUCCUAAGUCAAUGGCUUUUACCUUUGAAUAUAGGGGCCAUGAAAUGUCAUUAUUGCAGAACUUAAAUCUUUCUGGGAACUUUUUAAAUGGUAGCAUUCCGCCAUCCAUAAACAAUAUGAUGAAUUUGAAUUUUCUUGAUCUAUCGAGCAAUCAGUUAACUGGAACAAUUCCAAGGCAAUGGCAGGGUUUGCAAUAUUUGAUGUUUUUAGAUCUUUCUAAGAAUAAUCUAUCAGGUGACAUUCCGAGCUCCAUGUGCUCUCUUGCCACGUCUGAAAACUUUGCACAGCCUCUUCAGGUUAGGACCCUCAACACAAGACAUGACAUUCAACAAUCACAUGGAGUUGGUCAUCAAGGGAAGAGAAAGUGUAUUUACCAUAAUAAUUCCACUUAUAAACAGCAUAGACCUGUCCAGCAACAAUAUAGUGGGAGAGAUACCAGAGGAGAUGACAAAUCUUUCGGCCUUUGGGUUCUUGAAUCUCUCUUGAAACCAACUAACGGGAAGAAUACCAUUAACUUUUUGAACUUGUCAUACAACAACCUGUCUGGACCAAUUCCAUCAUCCAACCAACUGCAAACCAUUGGUAAUCCAUCUACUUAUGAGGGUAAUCCAGGACUCUGUGGGCCGCCGUUCUCAAUCAGCUGCACCAUAUCCAGUGUUAUUGGACCCUCCGAAGACAACGAUGGUGACAGACACAUAAAACUACAGUUCUACAUAAGUGCGGUAGUGGGGUUCCUUGUGGGAUUUUGGGCCACUUUUGGCACUUUGGUGAUAAAGAAAUCUAUCAGACAUGCCUAUUAUCGGUUCUUGGAUAAGAAUAAGGAUGAGCUCUCGGUUCUGAUUGCUGUCAACGUGGCUCGUUUGCGAAGGAAAAAUGGGAUGGCGAGAAAUUAA